AUGUCACCCAUACCCCAGAAGAAAAACCUCUUCCUCUGUCUCGACGCCUUCGGCACCCUCUUCACACCCACGAAACCCAUCCCAACAACUUACGCCGAAGCCGCCCUCAAGCACGGCAUCGCCAUAAACACGCCUGAACCCGCCACCCAAGUAUCCUCAUCCUUCAAAUCCGCAUUUGCGCGCCUAUCAUCAGAGCACCCAAACUAUGGCCGGGCAACAGGCAUGGGCGCAGAAAAGUGGUGGGCCAAAGUGAUAAAGGAAACAUUCACACCUUUCCUCGAUCCAAACGAAACUUUCCCAAAGUACCUCGUCCCAGAACUCCUUCACACCUACUCGUCACGGAAGGGGUACACACUGUACCCCGACGUCCUCCCCUUCUUCCGCAUGAUACAGCAUAUGAAAACCCAUCGAAUACGUCACGGCGCUUCUCAUGGACUCUGGCCCUGGGACAAGACUAUAGUAGGCGUCAUAACGAAUUCAGAUGACCGCGUCCCGAGGAUAUUGUCGUCCCUCGGUGUCAAUAUGGGUCCCUGGCAUUACCCUGUUCUAAGGGCCCCCGGCCCCAAGGAUGGAGAGUAUGACAUCGAUUUCACGGUCCUGUCUUACGACGUCGGAGCCGAGAAACCUGAUCGACGGAUUUUUGCAGCCGCGGAGGACAUGCUCGACCAGAAGCUAAAGGCCGCUUCGAUGGUCGGUGACGAAGACUUCAGAGCAGAGGAGUUUGAGAAAGUCUACGUAGGCGACGACAUCCACAAAGACGUGUUCGGCGCUCAAGACGCAGGCUGGUCGAGUGUACUCCUCAAGCGAGAUCCAAAUCUGCAAGGCGGCCAAGGCUACGGUUUGAAGAUGGAAGAAAAGGGCGAGGAUAUUGGAGAAGGGGGAGAGGUAAUCAGUGAGACUAAAUUGGUGUCACAAGUGGGCUCCUUGCUCGAUCUGUGUGCGUGGCCACGUCAGGUAUCUGAACGGCAUGAAAUAUCGCCCGUGCGAUACGUGUAUAUAAAGGGCCCUGAGGAAGUAUCGUUAGAGAAGGACAAGCGUCGACUACGAAAGCAGACGUAA